GCCAGUUAAGCGGGGUGGUCCCAGGCGCUCGCGUGGCGAGCGGGCGACGAGGAGACGAUGCCGGUGGCGGCGUCGGCCAUCUACUUCCUCAACCUUCGCGGGGACGUCCUCAUCAACCGCCUCUACCGCGACGAUGUCGGGGGCAAUAUGGUUGAUGCAUUCAGGAUGCACAUUAUGCAAACAAAAGAACUUGGUACAUGCCCUGUUCGACAAAUAGGAGGCUGUUCCUUCCUUUACAUGAGGAUCAGUAAUGUUUAUAUUGUUAUCGUGGUUAGCAGCAAUGCUAAUGUUUCUUGUGCUUUCAAGUUUGUUGUGGAGGCAGUGGCGCUCUUCAAGUCCUACUUUGGUGGGACUUUUGAUGAAGAUGCUAUCAGAAAUAACUUUGUGUUAAUCUAUGAACUUCUUGAUGAGAUUAUGGACUUCGGUUAUCCUCAGAAUCUCUCACCUGAAAUUUUGAAGUUAUAUAUAACUCAAGAAGGUGUUAGGUCGCCAUUUUCCUCCAAGCCUUCUGAUAAGCCUGUUCCAAAUGCCACCUUGCAAGUCACGGGUGCUGUUGGUUGGAGAAGAGAGGGCCUUGUGUACAAGAAGAAUGAGGUUUUCUUGGACAUUGUUGAGAGCGUAAACCUUCUUAUGUCUUCUAAAGGGAGUGUUCUACGAUGUGAUGUUACAGGCAAGAUUCUUAUGAAGUGCUUCCUUUCUGGAAUGCCUGAUCUUAAGUUGGGAUUAAAUGAUAAGAUUGGACUUGAGAAGGAAGCCCAACUGAAGUCUAGGCCUUCAAAGAGUGGGAAGACCAUAGAACUCGAUGAUGUCACAUUCCACCAGUGCGUCAACCUAACAAGAUUUAAUUCAGAGAAAACAGUCAGCUUUGUACCACCAGAUGGUGAAUUCGAAUUGAUGAAAUAUCGAAUCACAGAGGGCGUAAAUCUUCCAUUCCGGGUUCUGCCCACAAUUAAGGAGUUGGGCCGGACACGCAUGGAGAUUAAUGUGAAAGUUAAGAGUGUUUUUGGUGCCAAGAUGUUUGCACUUGGUGUUGUGGUCAAAGUCCCAGUUCCAAAGCAAACAGCAAAGACGAGUUUCCAAACAACAUCUGGCAAAGCCAAAUAUAAUGCUUCAAUUGAUUCCCUGGUGUGGAAGAUCAGGAAAUUCCCUGGACAGACCGAGGCAACGAUGAGUGCAGAAGUUGAGUUGAUCUCUACGAUGGGGGAAAAGAAGUUGGCGAACAGGCCACCGAUUCAGAUGGAAUUCCAGGUUCCGAUGUUCACUGCUUCUGGUCUGCGUGUUCGGUUCCUCAAGGUGUGGGAGAAGAGUGGUUACAACACCGUUGAGUGGGUUCGCUACAUCACGAGGGCUGGAUCAUACGAGAUAAGGUGUUAGUGACCAACAAAAUGUCAUGGGCUCCUUAUUUCAUGGAUUCCUGGAGGUCUUUUUUACGGCAUCAUGCAUGAUUGGAAAGAACGCAAAUUACAUAUGACCCAAGUUCUCUGUAAGUUUGUAAUUCAGCAAAGGGCAGAUCAUAGCAGACAGUUUCCCUAUGUUCUUUAUUUUAUCUUAACAUGGGAUAUGUAUUCUUCCCCCGUAUCCUGUUUGUGUGGUAGGGCAUAUUGUUAUUGUAUAUUUGGUGGUAGCAUUCAUUCUCGUUGAUCAAUACACCAUGUUGUCAGUUUGCGCUGAUUUCUUCGUAGAUGGAUGUCAAAUCGUUUGCAAAACGGUGUAUACGAAUAUGCUGAUAUUGUUGUUGGCUUUGAUGUGCCUGUGUUUGGUGUAAAGUGGUUAUGAUGUUCCAUUGUUGA